AUGCAUAAGAAUUUGAAGAAAGAAAAUAUAGCGGUUGGAACCACAAAGCGAAAGCGCGGUUGGAGAUGGCGCGAAGAAGAAGAAUCCCAGAGAGAGAGAGAGAGAGAGGGAAAGCACGUUAAUCUUGUUCAUGGCUUCUCGUUGGUUUCUACAGAGAGCGAGAGAGGGGUUGGGUUUCUCUAUCUGAGAUACGUUGCUGAUCCAAAGACUCUGUGGAGCUGGUUUGAACCACAUAUAAAGGAUGAUGAGGAAUUUUCUCCUGGAUCUAAUGGACGAAUGACUACAAUGGGUGUAUAUAUCCGUGAUUUGCUCCUUGGGCAGAUACUGAAAAAUGUGCAAAUGGCCAGAGAAGUUGGUUCAAGGAGGAGGAUUUCCAGCGAUAUGAUGAGGAUCUUCUGACAGUUGAGUAUCUCCUUCAAACCGCCAUAUGAGCCAGUGUUCAGCAGAGUAUAUGGAUGCGGAGUACAAAAACCAGGGGCUGUGGCAGAGACUGAGGUAGCACUCAAAGCAAAACGGAGAAAGGGAAAGUGGAGCAAAUCAACCAGUGGGCGGUUUUGGCUGGAUACUAUUAGAUGCUAGUUAGUCCCCAUUGAUGCCGCUGAAGCCUCGUCUGUGCUCCUCCAAUAGCCGCACAAGUUCAACUCCGGCAGAGCCGAAGAGUUUGCAACAUGGGAGUGCUGUUUAAAUUUGAAGAUGAAAUUUUUCCGCUCAGAAGACAACUGGUGUCUCUGUUAAUCUGCCUUGAGUCUUGUAAGGGGCUUUUGUUAUACUUUUAGGGUUUUUUACAUCAUGAUUUCAGCUGGAUGUUUCA